AUGUCUAGCGCAGGCCAGCAGCAGAUAUUGCCACUGCACCAACAAUUGGAGCUUAACAAGACUGUAUACGACUAUGUUCAGUGCUGUGGAGCGGACGAGGCCUUGUUAUUGCAGUUGCGCAAGUUGUGGGGGUUGAGUAAGAUAGAUUCCGAUGCGAAGGCGUGUGGAAGAGAUUCAAAGCUGCUUGUGAAGAAAUGGAAUUCGAUUAUUAGACUACAUCGUAAGAUUAUUGACCUAGAGCAUAAGUGUAAGCAGCUUAGCGAAGAGUUAGAACUUCUGCCGUCCGAGCUUAGUAAAGAAGCUGGAGGAACUAGUACGGGCGAUCAAAAUGUGACUUGGAUACCAAGAACAAAUGCUACGUUUCAAGUGGAUCUCGGGGCGUCUGUGACCGAUAUAAAGCUUCAUCCAUCAUUGCCGUUGAUGUUUUUGGUCACUGAUCAGGGUAAACUAGUAGCAUACGAUUUAUUUAGCAGGACGAUGCCGCUGCAUUCGACGCAGGCACACAUGAAGGGUAUAACAUCUUUGUCGUUGGUGGAGACUGUAGAAGGCUUAUUGAUGUUAUCAACCACUUCCAAGGACUUGCAGUGCAAACUUUGGGAAUUCACUGAAGAGGAUGGCUUCCGCUCGAUACGGAUGUUAUCUUCACACGAGCAUAUUGUGUCACAGUCGCGUUUUGUGCGGUCGGGGGCGGACUUGCUUCUGUUUACGUGUUCACGGGACCUGACAGUGAAGAUCUGGGAUACGAAGACGGGGUGGUGCAUUAAGUCCUUCCAGCCGCAUACGGAAUGGGUACGGACAUUAGAUGUUUGCGGGGAGUACGUUGUGACGGGGUCCAACGACUGUUCGGUUAGAUUGUCACAUUGGAAGAGCGGUAACGGGCUUUCUAUGGGCAUACAGCACGAUUUCCCCGUUGAGCGAGUAUUGAUACUCCCUAUGUUUGAGCCUACAGAAUGUGACGAACAUCAGCUAGAAUACACAAAAUUUGAUCCCGAUUACAGUACAUUGAAGUUUAAAUAUUGCAUAUCCUGUUCCAGGGACAAUCUUAUAAUUCUUUGGAAGGUUCCACUUCCGAAGAUUAUUCCUCAUAGACCGCCGCAACCUAAUCCAUUACAGACUAAUUUUGAAAAAAUAAAGAUAUUUAAGGGACACACAUCUUGGGUCAGGGAUAUAAAGGUGCGGGGAAACUUUCUAUUUUCAUGCAGUGAUGAUAGAUCAAUUCGAUGUUGGGAUCUUAUUACAGGACAAUGCCUAAAAGUUUGGCCCGAAGCCAGCCGGGGGUUUAUCAACUGUCUAUCGGUGGACAGUGAUGUUUCAAAUGAUAAGUUGUUAAGGAGUUUAUUACUAGUAGGGAGUAUAGAUGGAAAAUGUAACGUUUUCAUGAAAUAG